CCCUUACCUGACAUUUGCAGCACACCAAAUUUUAAAAGCCAUUUAAGCAUAUUUCACAUUUAUUAAACAAAAUUAUGGAUCUGCUGACUGUAGUCGAGGCACUGCGAGCUCGUCAUUCAAACUGUUCCGAUGCAAUCUCUGUGGAUAAACACAUUCGACAAACUCUAUGUCAUCUCACCAAUCUGGGUGUAAUAGUUGGCACUGCAAACUCUGAGUACGCAAUACAUCGGAGAUUUAGAACUAUUCGCGACAACUUCUAUGGAAAGGUGCGGAAUAGACCAAGGAUAAACACACCAGGAGCACCAAAACGCUCAAAGUUCAAUUGGAAAAAGAAUUUAAAGCCUCCACGUAAGCCCAACAAGCACCGCUCUAAGCCCAGAAGGCCAAAACCAAAAAGGGAACGCUAUAAAUUAUAACUUUGUCACACAUAUUAAGUUUUAAAAAGUAAAAAAAAU